AUGAUUGAUGGUAUUGAUUUCGCCAAUUCAUCUCAACAUCCAUCUACACCUUCUCUUAUUUAUAUUACUACUUAUGUCAACAACAAACAAAUGAAAAUUCUAAUCGAUACUGGUGCACAAUAUUCGUUUAUUAAUGAAAAAUGUUUAAAAUUUUUUAAUCAAUAUAAAUUUUCUGAUAUUGGACAUCAAAAAUUUUUUAUGGCUGAUGGAUUAACUUAUUUUAUAGUCACAGGAAUUAUUCAUUUGAAUAUUAAUAUUGGUGAUAUUAUAACAUCUAUACCAGCAUUUAUUACAAAAAAAUUAUGUACUAAUCUUAUUCUUGGUAUGGAUUAUCUUACAAAAUAUGAUUUAGAUAUUCAACCAAAGAAAAAAUCAAUUUUAUUUAAAUUUGAUAGUCAACAGAUUGUUAUACCAAUUAAUACUGAAACAACACUCGUUGAUUUUCCUGUUAAAUUAUCACGUUCUAUAAAAAUAUUACCUAAAUCUGAACAACAAAUUCCUGUUAAUGUUAAUAUUUCAACAGCAAUUUUAUCAUUUCGUCCAUCAUUCAAUUUUAUUCAAAAAACCUCUAUUUAUUCACCACAUGCAUCAUUAAAUAUAAAAAAUUAUUCAACAUUAUUAACUGUUAUUAAUCCAUCAAAUUGUCCACGUUAUUUACGUAAAGGAAUAAUUAUUGGAAUGGCAAUAUAUAAUAAUCCACAAUCUUAUAGUGUUGCAAAUAAUGAAAAUUCAAUUAUAUCUAAUUCAUUUAAUUCAUCAUCUCAAAAAAUAAAUACAAUCACCAUUCCACCACCACUUCCUACAAUUCAACAAACAAUUUCAAAUUUAUUACUUCAUAUUGUUGAACAAAUUCAACAUGAUUCAAUUCAAUCGUUAUUAUUUAAAUUUCAAUCUACUUUUGAUACAAGCAAAUAUACAGUUGCACAAACAAAAUUAUCACAUGUUAUUGAAACAUAUCCACACACUCCACCUGUUUCUAAAUGUUAUCCUAGUAAUCCAACAUCAAUUGCUGAAAUGCGUUUAAUUAUUAAUAAAUUAUUAGAAGCUGGUCUUAUUCGUAAAUCUCAAUCAUCGUAUGCAGCUCCAGCAUUAUUAGUAAAAAAGAAAGAUAAAACUUGGCGAUUAGUUAUAGAUUACAAGAAGUUAAAUUCCGUCACCAUCAAAGAUAAUUAUCCUCUUCCCAACAUGGAGGUUACUCUUCAAACUUUAGGUGCUGGUUAUCGUUAUUUCACCAAGUUUGAUCUCAAGUCUGGUUUUUGGCAAUUACCAAUUGAUGAAAAAGAUCGUUAUAAAACAGCAUUUAUAACUCCUUUUGGUCUAUUUGAAUGGUUGGUACUUCCUCAAGGUCUUCGAAAUUCACCUCCAAGACAUAUUAUUACAUCAACAACUGUUAGUCCCUUACCUGAAAAAAUUAAAUCAAUUAUUUCAUUACCAGAACCUCGAAGUUUAUCUGAAGCUAACCGUUUUAUUAGAGCUCUUUCUUGGUAUAGGAAAUUUAUUUCUAAUUUUUCAUCAGUAGCAGCUCCUAUACAUGCAAUUACUAAUCUGACAAAAUCUAAUCGACAUAAAUUUAAAUGGGGACCUGAACAAUCGAAAUCUUUUCGUGAAUUAAAACAAUUAUUAACAUCAACUCCACUUUUUCUAAAUUUUCCUGAUGAUACACAACCAGUUUUAUUAUCAACAGAUGCAUCUAAAGUUGGUUUAGGUGGUGUUCUUUAUCAGGAGAUUAAUAAUGUUAAAAAAGUUCUUUAUUAUCAUUCUGAAUUAUUAUCUCCUGCUCAAACACGUUAUCAUCCAAUGGAACUUGAAGCAUUAGCAAUAUUUAAAUGCAUUACUAGAAUGAAAUCUUUUUUACUUGGUCGUAAUAUCAUUAUUUAUACUGAUAAUUGUCCUCUUUGUCAUAUGAUGCACAAAAAAAUAUCAAAUAAACAUGUCGACAAAAUAUCUUUAUUACUUCAAGAAUUUAAUAUUCAACAAAUUAUUCAUGUUCAAGGAAAAUACAAUUGUUUACCAGAUUAUCUUUCUCGACAUCCAAUUCCAUCUGAUGAUGAAUUACUUGAUUAUGAUUAUGGAUUAGGAUUUACAAAAGAUAAAUCUUCAUCUUCCGUUCAAUUAAUUGGUGCAGUUGUUACUCGAUCAAAAGCUAAACUUAUGUCCCGCAAUAUUGAUUCACCUCCAUUUUCAUCACAACAACAAAAUUCUUUAAAUUUUUCAUCAUUAUCUUCUCAUGACUUUAAUAAAUUACAUGAUGUCAAUGAACAUUUUGAUAUUAUCAAAUUAAAAGAACAUCAACAGAAUGAUUCACAAAAUCAAAAAGUUAUUGAUGAUUUAAAACAACGUCCAAAUAUAUCAUUUGAAUAUCAAAAUGGUAUUUUAUAUAAAUUAUUAUCUUAUACACGUGGAAAAAUUAAACGAAAAUUAAUUUAUGUUCCAAAUUCUAUGUUAAAUGCAUUAUUAUUUUCUUAUCAUGAUAACCCUUUAGUUGGUGGUCAUUUUGGUGUUCGAAGAACAUUAGAAAAAAUUCGUCAACAAUUCUGGUGGCCAAAUAUGAAAAAUUUCAUCAUUAAUUAUAUAAAAUCUUGUGUUGUUUGUCAAGCAUACAAUGUUAGUAGACAAAAACGUCCAGGUUUUCUUCAACCAAUUACACCUCCUGAUGGACCUAAUCAAUUAGUCGGAAUAGAUUUUUGUGGACCAUUUCCUACAACACCACAAGAUAAUCGAUAUGUUUUAUGUCUCACUGAUUAUUAUACGAAAUUUAUUACUGCAAUAGCACUACCUGUAUGCUCUGCGUCUGUUACUGCAAAUGCUAUUUUUAAAGAAUUUAUAUGUCGUUAUGGUGUACCUAAAGCAAUUAUUUCUGAUCAAGGUACCAGUUUCAAAAAUCAAUUGAUGCACUCACUCUCAAAAUUACUUGGUUAUCAUCAUAUAUUUUGCACACCUUACAAUCCGCAAAGCAAUGGUCAAGUCGAACGUUUUAAUGCAACAUUUGUUACUCAACUUGCCAAAUUAACUGAUGCUGAAUUAAACAAUUGGGAUGAAUAUUUAUGUUCAAUUGUAUUUGCUUAUAAUACAGGUAUUCAUUCAACAACGAAUAUGUCACCAUUUGAGCUUACAUUUGGUCGAAAAGCAAAUCUUCCAAUUGAUCAUCCACCAACAUCAUUUAUAUUUCCUCAUCCAAAUGAUUAUUUUCAACAAUUGGUUCGGAAUUUAGAACUUUAUCGUGUUACAGUGAAACAAAAUAUUUUGAAACAACAACAACAAUCAAAAACUCGUUAUGAUCGUCAUCGUAAAAAUCCUGAAUAUAAUAUAGGAACAACUGUGUUAAUUCGAAAUUUUACUAACAGAUCAAAAUUAGACCCGAGAUUUUCAAUUAACACCAAAAUUAUUAUUAGAAAACAACAUCCAAUAUACUGGGUUGAAGAUAUUAAUACUAAAUCAGUAUCACAAAUUCACGUUAAUGAUUUACGUCCAUUAAUGAAUAAUUAA